AUGGUAUACACUGUUGAUUUAGGCUCAAGUUUGAAAGGCUUGUUGAGCUGUCAAGUUGAGACUACUGCUGUCAGACGCUUUUCCGCACCGCCCGCCUUCAUCGAAUAUUCUCGCCACGAACGCGCGAUGAAAGUGAAAGCGGUAGACUACGCUGGUGUUGGCACUGGCGUCACAACCUUCGACAAAAUGUUUCACUCAACACGCUCGGCACCCUUUUCUCCACCGCCGCCAGACCUAGAUCGCCAUGUCUUGUACAAGCCGUUUCCUUUUCUGAAAUUACCAAAGGACAUUCGUCUUAUGGUUUAUGAGAAUCUUCCCAUCACCACGAAUCUGCACCUCAUACCUUCGAAAAGGCCACAUCACUACAUCACCCUUGUGAAUCCCUCCAUAUCCGGUAUUCGCAUUCUAGCCACAUGUCGCCAGAUUAACCAAGAGGCAUCACCUAUCCUCAAGCCACACCUAACUCGCAUUCUCAAGACACCACCCGAAAUCCAGAUCGCGGCUAAAGACCUCAUCGGCCUUUUAAACUUCGACGACAGUUUUAGAUACGAGUACGACAUUCUGGACAGGAUUCUGCGGGCUGUAAAAGUUGCAACAACCCUGCAGAGCAUUCACGGAUACCGCAAAUCAGGAAGCGAGGAGGCAUACCUCACGAUGAAGUCGUGGCUGAGAGUGCGCGGCCUGCUAGACAAUGAGGACCGAGUAUCUGCCAAGGCCCUUGCAACAUUCGUGCUUCGCGCACACGAGUAUAGAAAGACUUACCCAAGCACCUUUUACAAGUACCCUCCGUUGAACGUCAUAGUCAAUGUACCAGCCAACUACCAACGUCAGACAGUGAUAUCGACUGUAUCUCGCGUCAUGCAAAUUUACCACCGUAUUUUAUUCCAUCCUCGACGACCCCGAUAUCAGACGGGCCUGACGAAGUUGAGCUGGCUCUUCUGCCGCAUCGCAUUCACCAUGGCGCUGAAGUGCGAUCAUCACAGCACAUUGGCUAUCUGUCUCAAGAUAAGACUUAUUCGAGUGGAGGAUGGUCCGUCCAGGCGUGUUCCACAGGCGACUGAGCACAGGAUCCACGCAAAUAUCAUACAGGGUGUGCAUGACGCGAAAUGCAAUGGAAAGCGUUUGGUGUACUAUGGUGGGGUGGUACAAGAUGGAGAUCAAGAUACGGACAUUGCCCGUUAG